AAUCUGCAUUCAGACCGAGGCUCCAAUGGUUUUCUCAGCUGCUGGAUAUUAGAGUAGCCUAUUACAAGGCUUCAGUGUCUGUGGCAGUUUUUUUUAGGGCCUGCUAGCCUGUCGAUUCGGUAAUAGACACAUAAAAACGAGUACGAGGUAAACUAGCUUUCGACUUGCAUCGAUUUUGUUUUGGCUGUUUUCGCUCCACUGCACGUCCGCCUCGGGUCUAGAUUUUCAGACCCGCUCCUGCUAUGUGCGUAAUGUAUCAUAGGGAGGAAACACAGUAAAUAGACGGACACGUCCAUCUGCAAUAAAGAGGAAACGAAGAUGGUGAUGAUGGCUUCACCAAAUUCAGCCUCCAAAUGCUCGACAGCAAUGGCGAAGCCUUCCCCUCCUCUGAAGCUGUUCCUCUGGGUGUUUAUAUUCGUUAAUCUUCCUACAAGCUCUUUCCAGACUGAUGACGACGAUGAGGUGUCUAAUAAGACGUGGGUGCUGACUCCCAAAGUGUACGAGAGUGACGUCACACACAUCCUAAACAGCCUACUAGAUGGCUAUGACAACAAACUCAGACCCGACAUUGGAGUCAAACCAACAGUAAUCCACACAGACAUGUUCGUCAACAGUAUUGGUCCAGUAAAUGCUAUCAACAUGGAGUACACCAUCGACAUUUUUUUCGCCCAGACCUGGUACGACAGAAGAUUAAAAUUCAACAGCACGAUGAAGGUUCUGCGUCUCAACAGCAACAUGGUUGGGAAGAUCUGGAUCCCAGACACCUUCUUCCGAAACUCCAAGAAAGCCGACGCGCACUGGAUCACCACACCCAACCGCAUGCUGCGGAUCUGGAACGACGGACGAAUACUCUACACUCUCAGGCUGACCAUCGAUGCCGAGUGCCAGCUUAAACUGAACAACUUCCCAAUGGAUGAGCACUCCUGUCCCCUGGAGUUUUCAAGCUAUGGCUACCCCAGAGAGGAGAUUGUGUACAAGUGGAAGAGGAGCUCAGUGGAGGUUGGUGACAUUCGCUCCUGGAGGCUCUACCAGUUCUCCUUUGUCGGCCUGAGGAACACCUCUGAGAUCGUCAGGACCGUCUCAGGAGACUAUGUGGUGCUGACUGUCUUCUUUGACCUGAGCAGGAGAAUGGGCUACUUCACCAUUCAGACCUACAUUCCCUGCACCCUGAUUGUUGUCCUCUCCUGGGUCUCCUUCUGGAUCAACAAGGAUGCUGUACCUGCCAGGACAUCCUUAGGUAUCACCACUGUGCUGACCAUGACCACGCUGAGUACCAUUGCCAGGAAAUCUCUUCCAAAAGUCUCCUAUGUGACCGCAAUGGACCUGUUUGUCUCUGUCUGCUUCAUCUUCGUCUUUGCCGCACUGAUAGAGUACGGCACACUGCACUACUUUGUCAGCAACAGGAAGCCAAGUGCCAAAAAGGACAAGAAGAAGAAAAACCCGCAGACACCCACGGUAGACAUCCGCCCACGCUCAGCCACAGCCAUCCAGAUGAACAACGCCACACACAUGCAGGAGAGGGAUGAGGAGUACGGCUACGAGUGUCUGGACGGGAAGGACUGCACCAGCUUCUUCUGUUGUUUCGAAGACUGUCGCUCGGGAGCUUGGCGGCACGGCAGGUUGCACAUCCGCAUCGCCAAGAUAGACUCAUAUGCACGCAUCUUCUUCCCCACUGCAUUCGGUCUCUUCAACCUGGUCUACUGGGUCUCUUAUCUCUAUCUCUAGGUCCAGCUGUGUAGCCAGCCUUAUCAUACAGUUCAUUACAUUCUAUAUAUUCUGCUCCAGCAUGGGACAUUUUUAAAGGAGGGGACACACUGAAAUAUACAAUGUUUUCAUUCCAAUUAGCUCUUUUCUUGAAUGAUGAUAUUUCUUUCUUUUCUCGUUCCAGUAUUAGUUAUCUUCUUAUGCAGGCAUUGCAAAAGUUGUAGCAUCAUAACUAACUGGCAUGAAGGGGUUUGCAGAUGUGUAGUGAAAACACUGACUGUGCUCAGAGUUAGCAAGACGCUGUUUUUUUUUUCCUCAUUUCUCCUCAAUAGGAUCUUCGUUCAUUGCUUUCUACACCUAUCUUGUUAGACAAAAGUAAUCUUGCCCCAAUGAAGGUCUAAAAAAAUAACCUGCUUUCUUCUCUUCUUUCUAAGGAGUCCAGGACAAUAAAAAUGCUAUUCUAAUCAGACACCUGUCAAAGUGAUUGGACUGACAUUCACAUAUGGCCUCAUCUCAUACAGUGUUAUUUAUCAUAUUGUUUAAAUGCAUCUAACACGAUAAAUAAGCAAAACCUGAAGCACUUUAAUAGAGCUAGUAUGCUAAACAAUUAAUAUGGUUUGGAGAUUCACUUUGAUAGGUUUUGUUCAGCUCACAGGUUAGCACAAUUAAACAUUGCAUUUUUCAUGUGUGGUCAGAGAGCUAGACAAUGCUAUUUAUGAUCAACGGUCAACUGUACAGACACUGUAUAUAUUUUACUAUUACAUAGUGGUUUACAUUUAUUGCAUGCACCUUUCAGGCCAAAAAUCAACAUGUUUUAUGGUCCUCUAUUGUUGGCUAUGGAAACUAAAAAAAAAAAAACAGCACUGUUGAUUAUCAUUCAGGAUUUAAUUACAUUCUUUUUCUUUUUUCUAGGAAAAUUGGAAAAUAAAAUGAUAAAAAUGUGCCCAGCUUUUUUCUCUUUUUUAAGUUGAGAAUCAUCUUUGCCUACAGGUAGGAAGAUCAGCCCAGGAUUUCAGGCCAGACAACUGUUUUAUAAUUCUCCUCUCAGCUAUAAGCUUUACACGAUAGACUCCAAUGACCUCUCAUCCUCUGCUCCAUUUGCUGUUAAAAGCAAUCAUUAACAUAAUAACACACUGCUGUUGAAUCUUGAUAAUGUCAGCAUUUACAAGAGAAACAGGGCAAAAACAAGUUCGCUUUUCUAAACAAAACAUUUAAAAAAAUAAUAAUUGGGUCGUCUUUUAUUAUAAAUUACAUGAUAAGUGCAUCUGCAUUGGAAACAUCAGCGCAGACAGCGAUGAGAAACACUGAAAUCCCUGAAGCACCACAGGGGUUAUUCUACCUUUUCUUUUUUUUUCUUUCUUUUUUUUUAUUAAGGUGAGAAAUAAAACUACUGUACUCACUGCUGAAGUAUUAAUGAACUCGCGAGCUCCAUUCAAGUAAAAAAGCAAACUGCUUGUGGCCGGAACAGAUGCAUAAGCCUCAGUGUCAGCUUCGCUCUCUCUUUCUGUCUCUUUGAUAAUUUAAAAAAAAUGUCAAUGUAAAUGAUAUGACUUUCAAAAACUGAUUGAAUGGGCUGGGCAGAAUUUCUAUUAUUUUCAUUGUCUAGCUUUAACUUCUCUUGUUUUGUUUUCACUUCUUUCUUUUUUUCUCCUUUUCAUUUAGUUUUGCUUUAAAUACAAGGCUAAAUGAAGAAAUAAAAAAAUAAAUGUACCGUUUCACCAUAUCAGCUAGAGCAGAAGAAUUAUGAAUGUUGUGUAUGAUAUACACAUAAAAUAUAACCCCUCACACUUUUGAUAGACACCGGUAUGCAGCAAACGGAGACAGUGCUUCAGUAUGAUUUGCAAUCUCACAGUGAAUAGGUGUAAAUCACAGUGUUUUAUGUACAUAAGCUACAAAUGGAAGGAAACACUUGUCAAGUCCUAGGGAUUUUGUAAAUGGGUAUAUAUUUUAUAAUUUCAGCAUUGUUACAGUAUAUCAUCAUAUUUUAGAUGUACUGUAUCAUGCUGGACUAUGUAGGAUAUUGUGGGGGGUAUUUAUUUAUUUAUUGAUAUAUGGUAUUUAUUUAUUCAUUUUAUUGAGAGAAAUUGUAUUUUAUGUUCAUAUAGCCCCGGAAAAAGAAACACAGAAUGCUGUCAUUUAUAUCAAAGACACAUUUUCAUUGACGUAGUAAUGGAGCUUGAGCUUAUUUAUCUUGUGUUUUCUAUGUUAUAAUCAGCGUCUCACAAAAGCCUGUCAAACUGUUGUAUCUGUUAAAUAAAUGAGUUGCUACAUUACCUACUGUGCAGCUUCGAAACUGUAAACCUAAAUGUUUUCAGAGAAAAAGAUACUCCCAAGCCACCAAAAAAAAAAAAAAAAAAAAAAAGAAUAUGGUUGGUUGUCUAAGCAACUGUUAAUGAUAUUAUUAUUAUUAUUUAUUUAUUUUUAUUAUUAUUUUUUUUAAUUUUAUUUUUAUGUGCUAUUUUAUAACUGUCUCAUCUAUAAAAGCACCAGUGACAACGACACCACCUGCAUUUACCGGAUUAGCUUGUACGUCCUGUUCUUCCCCGAUUGUGUUUGGUCCUUUUGUGUUGCACAGCUGCCACUUAGUAAUAACUUGACUUGUCUUCUGUGUGCACAUUCUGUACCUGUCACAUCCUGAAGGAAAUAGGUGUGUCAGUAGCAGUGUACAUCGGUUAUCAUCAGUGUUUAGUAGUUUAAAGACAUGUAGGAGGUGAAAAAAAAGUGCCAAACUGCCACCUGUGAUAAAGAAUAUAAAAAAAAAUACAGUAAUAUCAUUUGUGAUUUCUCUUACACUGCAGGCCUACUUUGUGGGUAAAAAAAAUAAAUAAAUAAAAAUGGAUUUUUUUUCUUUUCUUUUCUUGAAGAAAAUGUACAACAGACAUUAGCCUCAGUUUUCUUUUGAGAUACCUAUCCACAGGUGCACAUGCUAUCAUUAUUAUUAUUAUUAUUAUUACUAUUAUUAUUAUUAUUAUUAUUUUGUAUAGACGCAAAAUCACAGGGACAAUUAUUAUGUUUAUCCAGGCAGACAUAAUCUGUCCUUGUGUGUGUGAAUUAGAAGCUUUUUUUUUUUUUUUUUUUUUUUUUUUUGUAUUGUCGAGAGUCAAGCAUGUCUUGUCUUUGAAGAGUGAUGCAAAAACAUACAUACAUUAAUGUAUUUUUUUUCAUGAUAAUUGAAGCUUGUAUGAUUACUGUUUUGUAUCUUUUCACACACUCCACUGUAACUGCAAACAAAGGUACUGAUUAUGGAGGGUGUCAAAAUGAACGGUGUUAAUAACCAUGUGUGCACAGUGAAUAUGGGUCGGUGACACGGAGGGAUAUUUCAAGGAAUUGGGACUAAUUGAAGCAUUACUCCAUCUGGCCUCAGUCGUUUGCCUGCAUCAACAUGGACAUUUACUGCACUGUAUUUAUCUGAAGAAAGUGAUCUUAUUUAUUUUGGGACCCAUAAAUGAAACCUAUAUGUGAAGAGCACAUGUAGAUAUUUUCUAUUGUUAUGUAUUUUGUCAAACUGCAGAAAAACAAAAUAAUGUACCACGCUGUAAUUGCAGAGCUGGGAAACUGGUAUCCAAAAACAAAAUAAAUUUCAUCUGAUUCCCAUAGAUAUGUUAGUUGUUUGCCAUCUAUGUAUAUUUCUUGAGUAUUGUAUAAAAGGGGCACUGAUCAAUUCUGUUAGGGUCUGCAUAAUAUACUAUAUAUGUACUGAAGAAAAAAAAUCCUUUUCAUAAGGGAACUGCACACAGCUGUGGAAUUUUACAAUAAAAUGGUUGCAUUUA